AUGUUCUGCCAAUCCAUCCUCCGAACGGUUGCCUCUAGCAAGUUAUCCAACGUCCUCAAAAGUUCAGCUAAGUGCCAUAAAUCCUGCGUCUCAAGGAGACUUUGCUGUGUGUCUCCCACCACCUCCCUCCUGAAUGUCGCCAAAGAGGACAGAUUCAACUGCAUCCAUGUGGAUGUUGGCAACGACGAUCGUCUGAAGAACUGUGAACCAGUAGGCACAGAUGCGUUUAGUCAUUCUUUAUCAGAGUCUUUAUCACAGUGGCAGGUGGAGGGUCGGACAGCCGUCUGGUUGAAGCUCUCCACGGAGCACUGCCACCUGAUCCCUCUGGCCACCAGGCAGGGGUUUGAGCUGCAUCAUGCCCGGGACGGCCACGUGGUGAUGUCUCGGUGGUUACGGACGGAUGUGAGCCGCCUGCCCAGCUACGCCUCGCACCAGGUCGGAGUGGCAGGUUUUGUAUUAAAUGAAGAAACAGAAGAGGUCCUGAUGAUUCAAGAUAAACACAGGUUGGUAAGAUGGAAGUUUCCUGGUGGUCUGUCAAACCCAGGAGAGGACAUCCAAGACACAGCUAUGAGAGAAGUCAAGGAGGAGACAGGACUCCAGACAGAAUUCAAAUCCAUCCUAGCGUUCCGUCAGCAACACAACCACCCGGGGGCGUUUGGCUGCUCGGACAUCUACGUCGUCUGCCGUCUGGCGCCCCUGACCUUUGACCUCCAAAUCUGCCCGGCCGAACUCGAGGACGCGCGCUGGAUGAGAGUCGCUGACAUCGCUGCUUCCCGGGAGGGUCACUCCCCGCUGACACUGCGAAUGAGCAAGCUGGUCCUGCGCGGUCUCAGGAAGGGCUUCGACCGGGUCGACAUAGCCAUCGACGAACUACCGUCGGUCUACAACAACACAUACAAGCUGUUUCAUAGGCCGCUUGCAUCAUAA